AGCCCUUUUGAUGCGUUGUUCGAGACGAACGUCUAGGGAGGGAGUCGCAGCUCCUUACUUCUGAAGGAGACAAGUAAUCGCUGCUCGCCGGUGAUGCAGUGACCGGCGACCACUGAUGGACGGCGACGAGAUGACCUUCUCCUUCAUCGGCUUUGGGAACGAGAUAAAACUAAAGGCGGGUGGCUGCGAACCGCUAGCACUAAUUUCAGCAUCAGAGGAGAACAGUAGAAGCUGGAAGAUGGUGUCUGCCUCUUACCACGAUUGCUCUAUCUUCCCUCCCAAUCUUCACGAAGGACUUUACAUCCACUCUCAUCCAGAUCAAACCCUAGCUUCAUCUCAACAACAGAUGAAGGGCACUGCGAUUGUGCCGGUUUUACCGGAGAGACAUAGAGAGGAGGAGAAGUUAGGACCGGCUUCCAAGUCACUUUCAAUCUCAGCUCAGGGAAUGAUUGUUUCGUGGUUUGAGGUUAUCCGAUCCAAGGUACUUAGAUGGGGAGGAACUGCAGAGGGUGUUGGAGUCGGAGUUUGUUCAUUAGCUGCUUUGGCCUGCGUGGCUGGGUAUUUGAUUUAUUUGAGGCGUCGCCACCGACGGGAGAAGGAGUUUCUGUUGUUUCUCAUUCAAGAGAAGAACCAGAAGAUAGGAGUAUUACUGCACCAAAUUGCAGAAUUAAAUGCAGUUCUUGCAGCUCAUCGCAAGGUUCCAGUUUUGAAGAGGACCUGAAAGGUCUCAUUUUGGUGCAAAUAUUACGUGUUGCGACUGCACGUCGUCCGGAUGUACAUCGCACGGCGGCAGGACCGCAUUCGGACCGAUGUUUGGACGUGACCUGCAUGAUGGUUUAAUACAAGGUAAAGGUACUGCUAAAUAUCAUUAUUCAUAUUUGUUUGUACAUAUUUACGCUUUGUGCCACUGGACUUAGGAAUAUGAUUUGUAUAAUUGUGCAUCUUAUACUCAUUGAGGCUACAGCAAUAUUUUGAAUUUGGAAAGGGUAUAAUAGGAUAAAUAGAAUUGAAUAUUAUUCUGGGGGCGUUCCACCAGAAAGAAAU